UUAUGAGAGGGGCCACUGAGCACUAAUGUUGUCACACACUACACAUUUCUUCUCUUCUUCUUUCUCCGUCCUUUUAGAUUCCUUCACUAGACAACCUUCUCAAGUUCUCACCCUCUCCCUCCAUAAUUGCGAUUCUGAUCUCUUGCGUUUAGCCACCGUUUCAUAAUCCAAGACUAUGGCAGAAGCUGAGGAGAUUCAACCACUUGUUGUCGAUAACGGAACCGGCAUGGUCAAGGCUGGUUUUGCUGGUGACGAUGCUCCGAGAGCAGUCUUCCCUAGCAUCAUAGGUCGUCCUAGACAUGCUGGUGUUAUGGUUGGAAUGGGACAGAAAGAUGCUUACGUCGGCGACGAGGCUCAAUCCAAAAGAGGUAUACUUACCUUGAAGUAUCCCAUUGAACAUGGUAUCGUUAGUAACUGGGAUGACAUGGAGAAGAUUUGGCAUCACACUUUCUACAACGAGCUUCGUGUUGCUCCUGAGGAACACCCUGUUCUUCUUACUGAAGCUCCUCUCAACCCUAAAGCCAACAGAGAGAAGAUGACUCAGAUCAUGUUUGAGACUUUUGAUGUCCCUGCUAUGUAUGUUGCCAUUCAAGCCGUGCUUUCGCUUUACGCCAGUGGCCGUACAACAGGUAUUGUGUUGGAUUCAGGGGAUGGCGUGAGUCACACGGUUCCUAUAUACGAAGGCUAUGCCCUUCCUCAUGCUAUUCUUAGGCUUGACUUAGCUGGAAGAGAUCUGACAGAUGCUUUGAUGAAGAUCUUGACAGAGAGAGGGUAUACGUUCACCACAAGCGCCGAGAGAGAAAUCGUGAGAGACAUCAAGGAGAAGCUUGCCUAUGUGGCGUUGGAUUAUGAGCAGGAGGUUGAGACAGCCAAAUCAAGCUCUGCCAUCGAGAAGACUUAUGAGCUCCCUGAUGGUCAGGUGAUCACUAUUGGCGCAGAACGGUUCCGGUGCCCGGAAGUCCUCUUUCAGCCAUCGUUUGUCGGAAUGGAAGCACCAGGGAUUCAUGAGACAACUUAUAACUCUAUCAUGAAAUGUGAUGUUGACAUCAGGAAGGACUUGUACGGUAAUGUUGUGCUUAGUGGUGGCUCGACCAUGUUUCCAGGGAUUGCUGAUCGUAUGAGCAAAGAGAUCACUGCGUUGGCACCAAGCAGUAUGAAGAUUAAGGUGGUCGCACCACCUGAGAGGAAGUAUAGUGUAUGGAUUGGAGGUUCCAUCUUGGCUUCUCUUAGCACAUUCCAACAGAUGUGGAUAUCGAAGGCAGAAUAUGAGGAAUCAGGACCAGCCAUUGUUCACAGGAAGUGCUUCUAGACACAACCUAUUGGCUUUGGUGUUUGUGGUUUUCGGCUUGUUCAUUGAUAAAACUGGUUAAAGUGAAUAUACAUAUAUAUAUGUUUGGUACUUCCUUCUUAUGAGUUUUGUUUCCUUAUGGUUGUUCAUGUACGUUUUGUGGGAAAUGGAGUCUUGUGUGUAUGAAAAUGUUCGACUAUUUCUAUAUUGAUAGUAGUGGGUUUAAGUU